UGUGUUUCUUUCUCUCUUUACAAUGCCGCUGGGCGGCAUGUGAGAGGAGCAGACGCUUCUGCAUUCUCUGAAUAAAGCUAUGGUGUAUUGCUGUUAUUUUUGGUUUAGAAUAGAGCUUGAAUGAUGAUGAAAUUGACACUUAUUUAUCUACUGUAGCCUCGCUGGACUUUUCUUUCUACAUCAAACGUUUACAUCUAGUAAUUCUGUAAGUUCUUGGAGCUGAGGACCCAUGGCUCAACAACAACAGGAAGAUGGUUGGCCUCUUGGCCUUAGACCACUGAACGCAAGAGUUGGGUUUGUGAGAAACCGCAAUUUAUCCGGAUCAGUUUCUUUCAGUACUUUGCUCUCUGGUUCCCGCACUUCCCUCACAGACUCUUCUUCAGAUCUUGAAACUGAGUCCACUGGAUCUUUCUUCCAUGAGAAGAGCAUUACGCUUGGGAACCUCAUUGGUGUUUCUAACAUUCUGGAGCUCUCGCAAAGAUCGAUGAGGAGAGCAGCAACAGAAAGCUUAAGAGACCAGAAGAAUUACAAAUCCAAGACUUGGUUGUUUUCACUCUGCUCAAAGCUAAACACUGAUGCUGUGAACACAAACAACACUCCAUCUCUUGGUCACUUUCUUGAAGUGGAAAGGAGAGCUGCCAGCAAUUUUAGAAGGAAUCAGAAUGUAGCCAUCUAUGAACGUAAUGAUUUCUCAUCAGCGUCAAAUCCAAAUUCUCUACUUGCUGAUGGCCAAAUUGCAACUCAUUCAAAUGCUUCAUUAGGUACAGACAGUGAGACAGGAUCCAACAGAGGACUGUUGGAACAUGGAAAUGGAUCUGGAGCUCCAUUGUUGUUUUCAUGUAUCCGAGGACAACUUGUUGAACGAUGAAUUCUCAUUGAACGUGCUCUGUUUCAA